UAAAAAUAAAAAAAAUAUAUAAUUUAAGCAGUAUAAUGAGUACACGUGAGUGGUCAGUGCUUGUUUUAUAAAAUUGGAUGAAAACCGUAAAUUCGUGUAAUAGAAAAGCAUUUUUUGCAACAAGGGAAUGAAGCACCUUAAAUGCACACCACGUACAUGCAAUCUGCAACUAUAAAAAUAUUCAAUUAAAAAUAUCAAUAAGAUUUAAGUAUAAAAAUCUAUAUACAAAAAGUAUUACAAAAGUGCAGUAUCGUAUCUACACUGUUACUGUGCAUUGAUCAUUUCGAAGACGCUGCCGAUAUUGUCAUCAGCAUGGAACGCACAACUUGUUUGAAGCAGUCCAAAGAUGUUGAGUUUCAAGACGUCUUUUACACAGUAACCGACCGUAAAUAUUUUCUUAAAUCUGGUAUCAACCGCUUAAUUUUGGAAGGAGUCAGUGGAAGUUUUCGAAAUGGAGAACUGUCUGCUAUUAUGGGUCCAUCCGGAGCAGGUAAAAGCAGUCUGUUAAACGCGCUAUCAGGAUAUAGAACUUCUGGAGUUGGUGGGCACAUAAAAAUAAAUAGAGCUGAUUCUUGUUAUAUUACACAAGAAGAUCACCAUCAGCUACUUUUAACAGUUGAAGAACUCAUGAAUCUCUCUUGCGACCUUAAAUUAGAAGAUGGAAAAAGAAAGGAAGAAACUAUCACAGAAACACUAGAAAAUCUCAAUUUGAAUCAUCGUCGAAAUGUCACUGCCGACAAACUUAGUGGGGGUGAACGUAAACGUCUGUCCAUAGCUUUAGAAUUAGUGGCUAAUCCUAACAUAUUUUUCCUUGAUGAACCAACAAGUGGUUUGGAUGACGUCACUGCGGCUCAGUGCAUACGUCUUCUUAGCAAAAUGGCGAAGCAAGGACGUACCAUUGUUUGCACUAUACAUCAGCCUUCAGCUACAAUAUUCAAUUAUUUUGACAAAAUUUUUGUACUUGCCAAAGGACAAUGCGUAUAUCAAGGCAGACCUGAUGCUGUUAUACCAUUCUUGCGCCAUAUUGAUCUUGAGUGCCCCAAGUACUACAGUCCUUCCGAUUAUAUAAUUGAACUAUGUGACACAGAAGAUACCAAAGUAAUAACUCAACUUAGUAAUUUAACUGACAACGGUAAACUCAUCUAUGUUCCAGCUCAAAUCAGUGAAAGCACAAUAGAAACUAAUGGGUCUAUAUCUGAUAAUUUAAUUAAAAGCGUUUCUUAUAAUUCCAUAAAACAUUCCAAUCAUUUCCAUCAAGCAAUCACAACAUUUUUUAUCGACGAACCGAAAGUUAGUGGUUUCCACAACUUCAUAAACAAUAGUGUCACCUCGCCUGAUGGCACACUAGUCGGUGGAGUUACAGCACUUUAUGAACAAAUGAAAGCGUUCUCGAAACGCAUACAACAGACCGAAAGACAGGAAAUUUCCAGCUUUAAGCAAUUUUCAGUACUUUUAAGAGUUAUGGUACUGAAGAUAUUGCGCGCCCGCAUUCCACUUAUUAUACAACUAUCCCACCAUGUGAUAGUUGGUUUAUUUUUUGGUUUAAUAUUUUAUAAAUUAGGUAAUAAAGGCGACCGUAUGUUUGAUCAUCUUAAGUUUUGUAUAGCAAUUAUACUGAUGAUUGCCUAUACUCAAGUUAUGGUUCCAAUACUGAGCUUCCCAAGUGAAGUGAAAAUAGUGAAAAAGGAAACAUUUAAUCGUUGGUACACGCUUAUGCCAUAUUAUAUAGCAUUGACUAUUUCCAGAAUACCAUUUCAGGUGAUCUUCAAUGUUGCAUUUUUAUCAAUAACUUAUUGGAUGUCAGGUCUUCCAGACGAAUGGUGGCGGUUUUGUCUUUUUGUUGCAAUUGGGUUGAUGAUUUCAUUUGUUGCGGAAGGCAUGGGACUAGCAAUUGGUGCAACUUUUAGUAUAACAAACGGAAGUGCUGUGGGACCUUUGGUUAUUGCACCUUUCAUGGGACUAGCAGUAUAUGGAUUUGAUUUUGCUGCAAAAAUACCUUAUGCCAUGAACUUACUUAUGAAACUUAGCUAUAUUCGCGUGGGUGUAGUUAGCUUAGUAUUAACAGUUUUUGGUUUUAACCGAGAUGAACUCGAAUGUGAUGAAAUAUAUUGUCACUUCAGUGAUCCCAAAGUUUUGAUCAAAUUUCUGGAUAUCGAAAGAGUAUCAAUGGCUCAACAAUUUGCUUUAUUAUCAUUGCUAAUGAUUUUUUUUAGAACUUUGCUGUACUUAAGUUUACGCAAACGUUGUGGCACAUAA